AUGAAUGUUAGUUUGAUGAAAGCAAAAACUUCAAUGGCUCUUGGUCAAUACAAAACUGCUACUAAGUAUUUCAAAGCGUAUAUAGACGAAAAUCCUCAUAUUCCAUUAAACAAAGAAGUAUUAAACCAGUUACAUGAAGCAUACAAUCAUUUAUCGAAUGAUAAGCUCAAAUGUGUACUUGAGCUAGAAUCAUACUUGGAGUUACUCCAAGACAGCGAUCAGGAACGCAUUGUAGCUAUCACCUCUUUGCUGGAUGAAACCAGAAACGAUUUAAUUGCCAUCUGUACUGAAGUCGUUAACAUUGUGAAUACCAGUUUACUCGUUAAUGUGGAAGAUAUUCGAGAAAAAGUGUUGAUUUAUAAUAUGAAAGGCCUUUAUUGUCGGUACACGUGGGAGGCAAAUAAUAGCGACGCGACUUGCAUAGUAACGACUAAAGCAUUUGAAGAAGCUAUGAGUUUAUGUCAGUGGAAUUUUGAACCAUCAGACCCUUACUUAUUGCAUAUUGCAUUUAACUUAACAACACACCUAAACAAUGCUAAUGAUACGGACAUGGCUAUUGUUAUUUUAAAAAGAGUUAUUCAAAACGCACAAGAGAAUGAUCUUGAAAAUUAUGAUUUCUCAACGAAGUCAUAUAUUGAGUUAUUUUUGAAAUACUUAAAUGAAUGCUUAGCUCGAUUUCAGAUGAUCCAACACCAAAAACUUAUAGAAGCAAUUGAACGAAUGCAGGAUCAUCUUCCUCAAGAUUCAUUGUAUGACGAUGUAAUCACCAGACGACGAGGCUGA